AUGUCGAAGUCGAAUUCCCGUCGACAAUCGGAUUUUGAGAUUCAUGAGGAUUCGAAUGGGGUGAAUGAUAUGGUUGAAGAUAAAGAUAUUAAGAAAGUGGACGGGGGUGAGAAUGCGAACGAGAAUGCGAAUGCGAAAAGUGAGGACAUAGAUGUCGGUGAAGGAUUAUCUCGGUCGAGUGAUGUGCAAAGAGAUAUGGGAGAUGGAUCUGAGGUGGAUGAGUUGGAGGUUGGAGGGGACUCGAUAUUGGAGGAUCAAGAAUUGUCAGACUUACAAGAGGGCGGUCCUAUAUUGGAUCAUCAAGAAUUGUCAGAGUUACAGGAAGGCGAUUCUAUAUUGGAUCAAGAAUUAUCUGAGCUACACGAAGACGAUUCAAUACUCGAUGACACAAAACCGAAUCACAACAAACACAAUUCAAUACCCGAUAACACAGAAAUAAAGCACAAACAACACGAUUCCUUACCCCAGAACACAAAAACAAAGCACAACGAACACGAUGACUGCGAAGAUUGUAAACAUGCGAGAGAGGAGAAGCGCAAGCGAGCCGAAGCAAGAGAAUUGCACAUGCAAAGGAUUGAAGCAGAGAUCAAAGAUGCAGCAAGGAAGGUUGUGGAGAGUAUUGAAAGGGACAAUCCCAAGAGGAGUAUGGCUUCGACUGAAGACGACGAUUUAAUGAGUACACAAAUGGAUGAAAGUUAUGAGCCGGAGGACUAUGAUGAUUCGCUUUUGAGCGCGGGAACCGACGAGAGCUACGAACCAAAUUUAUAUAAUGGGCAAGAUGGAACGGAAUUGACAUUCGAUACCACAAAAUCUACGCUAGAAGACGAUGGACAGACGGAGGAAGACGAAGAUAGUAUUCUCCACCACAACCUUUCGAGUACCGAUGCCGAAACCGAACGUGGUAAUGCAAGCGGUGAAGACAUAGAAGGUGGAGACAGCUCACACUAUGGAGAUGUCGAAGAUGGAGAUGUCGAUGAUGGAGAUGUCGAAGAUGGAGACAGCUCACACUACGGAGAUGUCAAAGAUGAUGUUUUCAGUAAUAAUUCUGUCAAACAUCCUCGUUUCUCUAUGGAUUCCGCAGACGAAGCACCUAACAGAAUGAGUAACCGAAGCUCAUGGCAAUCAAAUCGACAGCUUGACUUGAGUAAGGAAGCUCAACAAUUGAUUGAGCUCAAUUCUCCAGUUGUCGGUGAAGAAGCUGCUACCGAGUCUGUCAUCUCACGAAUUCCUAGUGGUCGUUUUCAAACAUCUGCACCAAGAGCAAGAGAUUCAUCAUGUAGUCCUCGAAAAGUUUCACGACAUCCAUUUCGCACACCAUCAGAUAUUCGUGCAAUGCAAAUGUAUUCGCCAGCACCCUCACUCUUCUCCACCCCUCAAUCAUCCAAACGACGACAAAAUCCUACGGUUUCACGUCUUGGUACUCCAAGUGGUUCUCAAUUCUCCAAAAGUCGCACACCGAAUCGUUUCAAGAAGAAUAGGGAAGAGCCUCCUCUGGUACUUUUACACGUUACCGUUCUUCCACUUCAAUGGCAAUAUUCCAAGGCUAUCGUCGCCCCCGAACUUCCUGCAAAUCUCUACAACAUUCGCGAAGCGUAUUAUCUCUUACAAGAAAAGCUCAGCGAUACCAUUCUCACUCGUGGAAUAUUACUACCCCAUCCACAAGAAAGUUAUGAGUGCCUCGAAGAGCGUUUCCUCGAUGCUCUAGAACUUCCCGUCCGUCCUCGCGCCAAGAUUCUCCGAUGUGGGCAUUAUAUGGGCCCUAAUACCACUUCGUCGGACGAUGAUUCCGCAGACGAAAAAGAUAGUGGGUUCGGUAGUACCGGUCGAUUCAAAACUAAGCCUGACAAAGUUUGGUGCGAUAUAUGUCGUCGCGAUGUCAAGUAUGAGGAUGAUGAUCUAGAUGAAGAUGACAAGAAAUUUAACAUUAAGAUCUUUGCAAGUAAUGGAUUGAUGAGGGCUGGUGCUUGGGCUGCUGCUUGGAGGGAAAUGGAAAGGGUUGAUGUGGAGAUUGAACCGUUCGUCCAACCGUGGAUGGUGGAGGACAUGGAAGAUCUUAUCGAACGAUUACGAGAAGCUGAAGAAGGGGAAGGAGAUGAUAGUUUUGGACACUAUUCCGAUGAUGAUACACAUCGCGAAAGUCUAGGAUCGGAAGCUCAGAGAUUAUAUGAUCAGGACAUGGCCAAGGUUACCUUGCGUCAGAAGACAACAGAUGUUGAAUCUCGAAAUGCUCGUGAGAAAUGGCUUGUCACUGCUUCCAGAGCUGCUGAAGAAGAAGUUGAUAGAGUUGCUCGGGAGUCUGAAUUAAUACGGCUGAAGGAAGAAUUGGCAGCCAAAUCUGAAGGGGAAGAAGUUAAACGGCUCGAAGAAGAAGCCGAAGCUUUUUCAAUACAGAAAGAAUCGGAGGCAGCCCAAGCUGAAGAGGAAGUCGAAAGACUACGUGAUGAGGCGAAAGCUUUAAGGAUUCAGGUGGAGGAAGUCGAGAGAUUACGAGUUGAAGCUGAAGCUGAAGUCACACGCGUGGCGGAAGAAUUAAACGAUGGCCAAAAGCUCUCGGACUUAGAAGCCGAAUCCUGGAGAUUUGAUAAGGAAGAAGACCUAACCGCCAAGGAAUUUGAGGCGGAAGCUCAACAAAUUCAUGAAGAAGAAAUGGCUGCCAAUCAAGCUUUAGAAGAAGAAGCCCAACGUAUUCACAAAGCAGAGGUAGCGGAACAACUAGCCAUCGAGGAGGAAGCUCAAAGGAUUUACGACUCAGAAUUAGCGGAAGAAAAAGCCAUCGAGGAAGAUGCAAAGAAGAUUAUGGAGGAGAAAGAAUCUUCGAGGAAAGCCAAGGAGAACGAAGACUCCAAACGAAAACUAGAAAAGGAAGAAAGAUCCACAGAAGAAGCACGUCUAAAAGAGAUCUACAACCAAGCAUCGACCCGCACUAAGAAAUCCAUACCAUCUGGAGAUGAAUCGCUCACAGAACUUCUCGUCAAAGCUGCAGGUGUAGCAAUGCGCGAUCGCAAGAAUGUACUCAUCAUAUUACUAAGUGUAGUAGUAUUGUUUCUAGCCCUGAAACCCAGCACAGACAUUAUGCCAAAAUAUGUUCCGGAUAUCAUAAUCCAAAACCACAGAUAUGAAGUGAGUAGUCCGAGCGUUGAUCAAAGAGGAUAUGAAGCAAUGAGACAAGCUGUCGCUGAGGGGACACUGCCGAUGAGAGAAAUCGACAACUCGAUGGGCUGGAAAGGUCCGAAGGGACAGGAGGUUGUGGUUACUAGCUCGAUAAAGGCACAGGAAUUGGUCGUUGUGCAAUCUGAGAUUGCUGAGAUGGAGACGAAGAUAAAGGGGAAGAGGGUGAUUAUGGAGAUUGAGGCGAGUGAUGAUGGGCCUAUGGUCGAGAUAACGGACAAAGCUGAGAUACUCCAGGUGGAGGCAGAGGCAGUACCAAUCUUGAAAUCUGAAGAGGACGUCCAUGAAAUGGUUGCAAAAGAUAUCCCAGUCUUGGAUUCCCCUGGGAGUCUUGAAGGGGAAGAUCUAGCUACAAGCGAAACUCAAGAUAUCGCUCUAGAGAGUGAGAGCGAGAUGGAUAUAGUAUUGUGA